AUGGGCACACCACCAUCCAGUUCCACACCCACAUCACCAUCAGCGUCUCCAGGACCGACAAGUUUCCCACAGCAACAGCAACAUCAACAGUACGGCCAACCUAACAUCCAGCCAUCACCGCCACGGCAAAGUAGCUUCACCUUCUCCGCUCCCCCACCCGUCUCUAUCCCAGUCAACGCCUUUGCGCCUUCACCCAUAGCACCGGCCUACAGUCCCAUAACGCCCAAAGUGCAGCCGAUACUGCCAGUCCCGCAGCCGAACGGGGCGUCUACGGUUAUUGUGCCGCCGGCGGACGAGCAGCAUGAAUUACAGCCCGAAUCACAGCAGCAGGCAGAACAGCAGAAUAUUCACACGCAAUCCUCAGCGAUAGCACCAGCUACUUUCAUCCCUCCAGCCGCACCUCAGCCUUUCAGUAGCGAGGAUAGUACGGAUGCUAUUGCGCUUCGAGCGGCGAUCUCGGCGUUGCAGUUUCAAAGGAAGAAGGCAAAGGAUGAUUUGAGGUGUUUGGAGGGGUUGAAGAAGGCGGCUGUGGAUGAGCCGGGGAGAUUUAGGGAGGAGGUGAGGGCUGGAAGGCUGAGGGAGCAGAGGGAGGAGUUUGCGGGGUGGAGAGGUGUUCUUGAUGGCGAGGGGAGUGAUGAUGAUAAUGAUGAAGAGGAUGAUGAGGAGGACGAGGAGGAGACGCUUGAUGCGGAUGAAAUGCAUGAUGUGAAGAAAGAAAUCGCCUCGCAAGAAACGCAGCUACCGAGCGAGAUCCUGGACUCGCAGCCCUCGCGUCCAUCGUCCUCGGAGAAAAUGAAGGCAAACCCAACAGCACGACCUCCCAAACCCCCCGACUUCACCACCAUCCCCGGCCCCCAAAAUAUCAUCCGCAUGCCCGCCAUGAACUGGGAGAAAUACCAUAUCGUGGGCUCCGCACUCGAUCAAAUGCACGAGCAGCAGCGGAAAUGGCCCGGGUUUGAUUUUGCUUAUGAUGGGAAGCAUCCAGCAAAUGGAGGAGUGGGGAGGGAGUAUAGUGUGGCGGCGCCUUAUAGUCCUUUUUUGGAUGUUCUUGCCGCUGGUGGGCAUGGACAGGGUGGUGGAGGUUGGGAUGAGGAUGAGAAUAGGAAGGAUAGUGUGAACUCGGCUGCCAUGUUAGGCACGGUGAGUGAGCAUCCUAUGAAGACGAGACGGGGGAGUAGUAAGAUGCAUCCGUAG